CGACAUGGGCGACUUGAGACUGCUAAAGCCUACAUCAUAUCACUUAUCGUGACCUUCAUCGUCUCUUGAUGGGAUGUUUGGGAUGUCAUAUGGAUCGUUGUCGUCGUUGAUCGACGUUGAUGUGGGGCAACUGGCCAGGGUCCAGGGUCCACCGAAAAUGCGGGGGUGGAGCUUGCCGAGCUUGCCCAGAGAUCGUGCGCUAAACUUGAUUUGGCCCUCAAACUCCAUGUGAGAUAUCUUGUCAACAUCAAACAUGAGGGUGUAGUCACUUUUCCAUUUUCUAUGCCUCCAUUCCCCAUAUCCUAGAACCUAUGGCCGUGAUAAAUGUCCGCCAGAUUUGAAAGGAUGCCAAGCACACAAGAAGCAACUAAUGACAAGGCAGAAGAGUCCUAUACGAGAAGGGAAAUUGCAAUGAAGCUGCGGGGGAGAGCUGGCCGGGUGGACUGAUAGGUGGGCGAGCUUCAGAGCUUCCCAGGCAGCGACGCCUGCGUACUCCUUCCUGUCUUGACUGACGUGCUCACACCGCUCCUGCCCUACUUCUUAUAACAGCAGUCAAUUAAUUCAUCGCUCGUUUUCUACCAAAUCUGCAACCUCAGCGUGUUUCAUAAGUGUGCAAUUGAAGACUUCAUAAUGGAACCGAAUGAACCAGCAAAAAUGGCCACCGAGAAGAAAUACUUCACCAUGCUCGAAAACCACCCCGAAGUCUUCACCACCCUCGCUCACACCCUCGGCCUCCCCCCUUCCAUCACCUUCCACGACAUCUACUCCUUUUCCCCCCCAUCCCUCGCCCACAUCCCCCGCCCCUGCCUCGCCCUCAUAGCCAUCAUUCCCCUCACCCCCUCCUGGGCCCUCGACCGCCAAUCCGAAGACGCCCGUCUCGGCGACCCCAAAACCUACUACCACGGCAACAGCAACCGCUCCUCCUCAGCCCCCAUAAUAUGGUUCCAACAAACCAUCGGCGACGCCUGCGGCUCCUACGCCCUCCUCCACUGCUCUAUCAACGGCCCCGCCGCCUCCCUCAUCCAUCCCGGCAGCACCCUCGAUCAGAUUCGCAAGGACGCAGCCCCGUUGCCAAGAGAAGAACGUGCAGAAUUAUUGUACGACAACAAGGCAUUUGAAGAGGCCCACCAAUCCGUAGCGGCAAUGGGCGAUACCGCCGAGCCAAGAGACAGGUCCGUAGGGCUAGGCCAACAUUUCGUCGGUUACGUCAAAGCAAACGGACGGCUCUGGGAGUUGGAAGGGAGCAGAGAGGGUCCGUUGGACAGGGGUGAGCUAGGGGAUGACGAAGACGUCCUAAGCCCCAAGGCGUUGGAGUUAGGUCUGGGUAGGAUAAUCAAGUUGGAACACGAGUCUGGUGGGCAAGACUUGAGGUUUAGUUGUAUUGCCAUGGCACUGAAAGAUGAGCAAUCCGAGUAG